GGAAAGGGAGCAUGGCAAUGACGUGACUGGGACGUGGAGGUGAUGAAUGCACCGAGCAGUCUGGACUGUGGAGCUCAACAUUCAAGACGUCUGGCGACAUGAGCGGCGUCACAGUUUGGGCAGAGGAAGGUGAAAUCACUCAAGAGGAAAACAGAUCUUCUCCUUCAUGGUCAGAAGAGAACUGUGAAGAGCUGUGGGAUCGUGUGGAAGGAGUGCGACACAAGCUAACCCGCAUCCUCAACCCGGCCAAACUCACCCCAUAUCUGCGCCAGUGCAAGGUCAUUGAUGAACAGGAUGAAGAUGAGGUGCUCAACUCCAUUCAGUACCCUCUGCGCAUCACCAAGGCCGGUCGUUUGCUGGACAUUCUGCGCGGCCAGGGUCCGCGAGGUCUUCAAGCCUUCAUGGAGUCACUGGAGUUUUACCAUCCAGAGCAAUACACACAGCUGACUGGAGAGCAGCCUACACACCGCUGCUCUCUUAUAUUGGAUGAGGAAGGUCCAGAGGGAUUGACUCAGUUUCUGCUGCUGGAGGUUCGAAAACUCAGAGUGCAGCUUCGAAACAGCCGAAUGUGUGAACGCCGCUUGUCUCAACGCUGUCGGGUGGCCGAGGAUGACCGCAGCCGUGCUGAACGUAAAGCUCAGGAGUUGCGUCACAACAGACUGCAGCUAGAGAGGCUACGUCAAGACUGGGAGUCGGCCAGUCGAGAACUGGGCAAGCUGAAAGACAGACAUUUGGAGCAGUCAGUGAAGUACUCCAGGGCUCUCGAAGAGCAAGGCAAAGCCUCCACACGAGAAAAAGAACUGCUCAAGCAGGUAGAAGCGCUAAAGUCCAGGUUAACAAAGGCAGAGCAUCAAAUUAUGAAUCCUGAAAAAAGUCAGAUUCAAACUAACACAAAGAACACCUUGUUGUCCACUGGAGGACUUGGUUGUGCACCAGCUUUACCCGAAAAGCCGCCAUACCGUAUUGAAGUUCCGAAAACAGAAAAGACAGGAACUCAGAUGAUGGAUCCAAUUCCUACUACUGGAGUCAUAGCUCUGAUGGAUAUCCUACGGCAGGACCGCAGGGAGGCUGCAGAGCAGAGACAGGAGCUCUGCCACUUCAUCACUAGACUACAGGGGGAGGUACAUAGCACUGAGGAGCACAGGGACAAGCUGCAAUCACAGUGUGAGCAGCUUCAGCUGAAGGCGAGGACUCUCCAGCUGGACUGGGAGACAGCGCAAAAGAGGAGUAUGUCCUACUUUAACCAGAUCAUGGAACUUGAAAAGGAGAGGGACCAGGCCAUGCGUAGUCGGGACAGCCUGCAGUUGGAGUACACCGACUGUCUAUUGGACAAGAAUCGUCUGCGUAAACGCAUUGCAGAGCUGCAAGCCAACAUGGAGCAGCUGCAGAGGGAGUUAGAGCGAGAGACAGAAAAGAGCAGGGAACAAAUGGAGCAGAGCAGUCACUGUCUGCACUGUUCCCACCUGUCUCUGUGCAGUGAAGACCAAUGCUACGGACCCUGCUGCUCCCUUGGCCUGGACUUGAGCCUCCCUGUUAAUGCCACUCAUCUUCAGUUACGGAAGGCAUCGUCAAGAGGCCAAGCCAAUGACAAUUCAGAGGAUUCUCAUUCCAACUCUGAAGAGAAUCCAAUGUCAUCAACAGAAGAUGAGAAGGAAAUAAAUCGCCUCUCAACAUUCCCAUUUCCUCCUUGUAUGAACUCCAUCAACCGAAGAUUCAAUACAGAGUUUGACUUGGACUCGUGCGGCAGUGAUGAGAAUGACAACAUUCCAGGUGGAUAUAGUGAACCUUCUCAAUGGGAUUCCUGGAACUCCCAACACUCUCAUCUCUUCCCUCCUGAUCUGGUCAAUCUGCCUCCUGUUAACACACAUCGAGACAAUCGCAGCAGUCCAAGGAUACCUCCUAUCUCUCCAUCUUCAAGCCCUCCCAUGAUGCCAAAGCACGGAAGAGCCAGCCUGGCUAAUGACAUUACGAUAACUGGUGGAAACCAAACGGGAAUCUUUGUCAGCCACGUUAAAGCUGGUUCAGUGGCAGAACAAUGUGGGCUCAAGGAGGGAAGUGAGCUGCUGGAGCUAGAGAAUGUUCUCUUCGGUGGAGGAAAUAUGCUGUUCAGCCAGUGCACUGCUGAGGUAGCACACUUUUCUCUCAAAUGGUGGACUGAACCGUCCACACUCAAACACCAGAGCAACCCAGAGGCAUAUGCCAAGCUUUGCUCCCAGCUCUCUUUGCCCACUUUCAAGGGUGCUGACUCAUUUUAUGUGAGGGUCAAUCUCAACAUUGAGCCUCUUGGAGACCCACCGUCUCUGAGUGUAUCCUGUGAUGACAUCAUACAUGUCACGGACACAAGGUGGAAUGGCAAAUAUCACUGGCGCUGUUCCUUGGUGGACACUCUCACAGCCAACCCCCUGCAGGCAGGAAACAUGCCCAAUUAUAACAGGGCACAACAGUUGUUACUUGUCAAGUUACAAAAAAUGGCCCUGGAGCAAAAGGACUUCAAAAAGAAGUUCAUGAAGAAAUCCUCCGGUCAAGUUCGUCUGGUUAAGGCACUGGACCCCAAAUGCCGUGGGAUAGGGGCCACACAACAGGUUCUUUACACAUUGAACAAACGACAUGAGGAACACUUGAUCCCUUACAGCCUAGUGGAGCCAGUGAAGGUUCAGUCUAAGCGGCCCAUCAUCUUCUCACCAUCUCUCCUCUCCCGUGCCCUCAUAGAGAGACUGUUGCAGCCUGUCGAGUCAGGGUUACAGUACAACACCUGUGCACCAGAGACAAUACCAGCCUCUGAGAGGAGAGACAGGAGCAUAUUUCUAUUGGAUUCCCAGGCACAAGAGCCAAUGCUAGGCAUACGGCUACAGUCCAUACAAGAGGUCAUCAGCCAGGACAAACACUGUUUGUUAGAGCUGGGGUUGCCCUGUGUUGAGGAUUUGUUGAGACAAGGGAUUUAUCCUAUUGUCAUCCACAUCCAGCCAAAGAGCAAAAAACACAAGAAGCUCAGAAAGUUUUUUUCACGGUGUGGGGACGAAAGUGUCAUGGAAGAGAUGUGCCAGUUGGAGCAGUUGCAGCUGGAGACUCUGCCUCUACUCUACGACACUUUGGAGCCCAGCACAUGGAGCUGCACAGAAGAGCUGCUCACAGCCAUACGCAAUGCCAUCAUUAGCCAGCAGAUGUCAGUAGCUUGGGUUGAGUUUGAUAGGCUGUAAUAAUCUCUCUGCAGUAUCUCACUGCACACCACCAAACAACAAUGUCACAAAAGUCGGAGCUAGAGUUUGGACACCCCUUCUGUAGAGGCUUGCAAAAUGAGUGUAAUGACUUUUUUGUUUUUGUUUUUUUUUGUUCAGAAACCACAACCAGAUUUCUCAUGUGAACUGAUUUCAAAUCUUCAUUUUGACUGCAUAGACUCCCUUUUAAUCAACUUGGGUGUGGAUUGUUUUGUUGAUAUAGCUGUACUUGUUCUCAUGGUGCCAGGAUUUAUUUACUUUUUCAACUACUGCUGCAUUGGAGGCAGCACGGCGGACGACUGGUUAGCACAUCUGCCUCACAGUUCUGAGGUGUUCAAAUCCGGCCUCGCCUGUGUGGAGUUUGCAUGUUCUCCCCGUACCUGCGUGGGUUUUCCUCAGGUGCUCUGGUUUCCUCCCACAUUCCAAAAAUAUAGAUGGUAGGUUAAUUGAAGACUCUAAAUUUCCCUUAGGUUUGAAUGUGAGUGUGAAUGGUUAUGUGUUUACGGUGGGUACGGAAAGUAUUCAGACCCCCUUAAAUUUUUCACUCUUCGUUAUAUUGCAGCCAUUUGCUAAAAUCAUUUAAGUUAAUUUUUUUUAUUCAUGAAUGUACACAUAGCACCCCAUAUUGACAGAAAAAAAAUAAUUGUUAAAAUGUUUGCAGAUUUAUUAAAAAAGAAAUACUGAUAUAUCACACAGCCAUAAGUAUUCAGACCCUUUCCCCGGUAUUUAGUAGAAGCUUCCUUUUGAGCUAAUACAGCCAUGAGUCUUUUUGGGAAUGAGUUUUUUGGGGGAUCCUCUGCAAUUCCUCCUUGCAGAUCCUCUCCAAUUCUGUCAGGCUGGAUGGUGAACAUUGGUGGACAGCCAUUUUCAGGUCUCUCCAGAGAUGCUCAAUUGGGUUUAAGUCAGGGCUCUGGCUGGGCCAUUCAAGAACAGUCACUGAGUUGUUCUAAAGCCACACCUUCAUUAUUUUAGCUGUGUGCUUAGGGUCACUGUCUUGUUGGAAGGUGAACCUUUGGCCCAGUCUGAGGUCCUGAGCCCUCUAGGGAAGGUUUUCAUCCAGCAUAUCCCUGUACUUGACCGCAUUCAUCUUUCCUUUGAUUGCAACCAGUCGUCCUGCCCCUGCAGCUGAAAAACACCCCCACACCAUGAUGCUGCCACCACCAUGCUUCACUGUUCACUGUAUUGAACAGGUGAUGAGUAGUGCCUGGUUUUCUCCACACAUACCGCUUAGAAUUAAGGCCAAAAAGUGCUAUCUUGGUCUCAUCAGACCAGAGAAUCUUAUUCCUCACUAUCUUGGAGUCCUUCUGGUGUUUUUUAGCACUUUAGCAAUUUCUAGAACUUUUUCCCAUCUCCCGACUGCAUCUCUGGAGCUCAGCCACAGUGAUCUUUGGGUUCUUCUUUACCUUUCUCACCAAGGCUCUUCUCCCCCGAUUGAUCAGUUUGGCCAGCUUUAGGAAGGGUUCUGGUCGUCCCAAAUGUCUUCCAUUUAAGCAUUAUGGAGGCCACUGUGCUCUUAGGAACCUUAAGUGCAGCAGCAUUUUUUUUGUAACCUUGACCAGAUCUGUGACCACAAUUCUGUCUCUGAAUUCUUGAGCCAUUGCCUUUGACCUCAUGAUUCUCAUUUGCUCUGACAUGAGAGCUGUGAGCUGUAAGAUCUUAUAUAGACAGGUGUGUGGCUUUCUGAAUCAAGUCCAAUCAGUAUAAUCAAACACAGCUGGACUCCAAUGAAGGUGUAGAACCAUCUCAAAGGAUGAUCAGAAGAAAUGGACAGGACCCGAGUUAAAUAUAUGAGCGUCACAGCAAAGGGUCUGAAUACUUAUGGCUGUGUGAUAUUUCAGUUUUUCUUUUUUAAUAAAUCUGCAAACAUUUCAACAAUUCCGUUUUUUCUGUCCAUAUGGGGUUCUGUGUGUACAUUAAUGAGGAAAAAAAGAACUGCUUUUAGGAAAUGGCUGCAAUAUAACAAAGAGUGGAAAUUUUAAGGGGAUCUGAAUACUUUCGGUACUCACUGUAUAUGUGCCCUGUGAUUGGCUGGCCACCAGUUCAGGGUCUCCCCAGCCUCUCGCCCAAAGUCAGAUGAGAUAGGCGCCAGCACACCCUCGUCCCUAGUGAGGAUAAGUGGUUCAGAAAAUUGAUGGAUGGAAGUCAACAUGUACAAACCCCAAUUCCAAAGAAGUUGGGAUGUUGUGUAAAAUAUAAAUAUAAACAGAAUGCAAUGAUUGCCAAUUCCUCUUCAAACUAUAUUCAAUUGAAUACACUACAAAGACAAGCUAUUUAAUGUUCAAACUGAUCAACUUUAUUUUAUUUAUUUAUUUUGCAAAUAUUCACUCCUUUUGAAUUCGAUGCCUGUAACACAUUCCAAAAAAGCAUUUUUACCACUGUGUUACAUCACCUUUCCAUAAACAACACUCAGCAAGUGUUUGGGAACUGAGGACACAAUUGUUGCAGCUUUGUAGGUGGAAUUCUUUCCCAUUCUUACUUGAUGUACAACUUCAGUUGCUCAACAGUCUGGGGUCUCCAUUGACGUAUUUUGCGCUUGAUAAUGCACCACACAUGUUCACUGGGAGACAGGUCUGGACUGCCGGCAAGACAGUCUAGUACUCACACUCUUUUAUACGAAGUCACGCUGUUGUAAAACGUGCAGAAUGUAGCUUGGCAUUGUCUUGCUGAAAUAAGCAGGGACAUCCCUGAAAAAAGACAUUGCUUGGAUGGCAGCAUAUAUUGCUACAAAACCUGCAUACACCUUUCAGCAUUAAUGUUGCCUUCACAGAUGUGCAAUUUACCCAUCCCAUGGGCACUAACACACCCCCAUGCCAUCGAAGAUGCAGGCUUUUGAACUAUGCGCUGAUAACAAUCCAGAUAGUCAUUUUCCUCUUUGGCCCAAAUUGUCCAUGAAGAAUUUGAAAUGUGGACUCGUCAGACCACUGCACACUUUUCUACUUUGUGUUAGUCCAUCUCAGAUGAGCUCAGGCCCAGAGAAGCUGGGGGCGUUUCUGGUGUUUUUUAUUAUAUGGCUUUCGCUUUGCAACAGUAGAGUUUUAACUUGCAUUUGCAGAUGUCGCGACGAACUGUGUUAACUCACAAUUGUUUUCUAGUGUUCAUAAACCUACGUGGGAAUAUCCUUUACACAAAGAUGCCAUUUUUUAAUGCAGUGCCAUCUGAGGGAUCAAAGGUCACAGGCAUUCAAAUUUAUUUUAUUUUUUUCAGCCUUGUCGCUUACGUGGAGAGAUUUUUCCAGAAUCUCUGCAUCUUUCAAUGAUAUUAAGGACCGUAUAUUAUGAAAUCCCAAAAUUUCUUACAAUUCUACAUUGAGAAACAUUGUUCUUAAACUGUUGGAUGAUUUGCUCAUGUAGUUGUUCACAAAUUGGUGAACCGCUGAGCAUUUCAGGGAUGCUCCUUUUAUACCAAAUCAUGACACUCACCUGUCCACUUGUGGAAUGUCCAAACAGGUGUUUUUGUUUGCAUUCCUCAACUUUCCCAGUCUUUUGUUGCCCCUGUGCCAUCUUUUUGAAUGCAUUUUCGCUUUUGGAUAAGACAAUAAUAAGACCAUGUGAACUGCAAUGUUUUCAUAUAGAUAUUUGGAUAGCUUUUUUUUUUUUUUUUUUACUUUUUAGAGGUUCAGCAGCGCUGCCUUUUUGACCUGUGCACAGCUAGUCUGCUCACUUGUAAAUAUACUAUUAGUUUUGUAAACAGUUGGUUAAAAAAAUAAAAUUCUUUUCAAGUAA